AUGGCGUCAUCAACAUCGCCAUCGUCCUCAAAAGGAAAAAAGAGAAGUGCCAUAGAUUUAUUAAGCACUUUAGUUCCUACAAUAGUUCCUGCUAUGUUCCUAACGAAGAAGUAUCUUUGCAAGGAUAUUACUGAAAUAAAUGUUUCAACUUCUAUUAAAGCUCAAUCUACGGAUUAUUUGAGCAAGAUACCAAAUGGACGCCCUUUGCCACGUUUUAUCUUUGGAUUUUGCAAGAAUAGUAUCGAUGGAUCUAAAUAUUUCUUACCACUUGAUUCAUAA